UCCAAUUAGUUCUAGCCGUUUAUACAUAAAAGUCUAGCACUACUAAUACAGAGGAGUUAAUUUAUUUGAGCAUCGAAAUGAACCAAGACCCUUGGUCCUCGUCCCUCGCCGAUGACAGCGACAAGUCGUCCUGUAAGUCAAGCCCCUUCUCCAACAGAUCAUCGGAUAGCUCCAACGAGUCCAGCACCGAGAGUUCCUUCGACAAGGAGCUGUCCAGUGACAAGGAGGAUAGUCUCUCGGGACUUGGCAGCUACGAAAUUAUCACCAAGUCCAACCUACAUGCGUUUGUGCAGAAAAUCGACUUAAGUGCUUCGAUGGAUGAUCAGGCCUACGAUAUGAUGGGCAAGAUAGCGGAUGCCUUCGUUAACGACGUCGCACUAAGGAUUGUGAAGUUAGCCAAGUACCGGAAGGAACGAUUAGGCCUUUUGGACUUGAAGUUUAUUUUUAAGCGCGAGUAUAAUAUGGAGUUUGGCGGCGAUACUAUCUUAACAGAAUAAUUUAUAGACAGCAGAUGAAAUAUUAAACUUGAAUUUUAACAAA